AUGCUAGGCUUAGUAGUGCUCUGCUGUGUCACUACUGUCUUCGCAAAGAACACCCGAUUCCUCAAUUUCUUCCCAGUUUACCGAAACGACUUUCUCCAAAUCCGCGAUGGUCCAUGUGCUGCAGAGUUUGCCCUGAAACAAUCUGGGGCAGAAGUCUGUUGGAGUCUCCUCAAUUGCAUGCUAGAAAACACAAGCGAGGCGAUCAAAGGCGACAUGGGAAGCGGAAUCGUCGCGUUGGGCCUAGGACCAACGAUUCUUACAUUCCUCGGUUCAGGUACAGCAGAGACCAGUCUUCUAGCGCGACGCCGACCGCUACUCGCGCUCCUCAUAGCAUCCGGCUCUCCAGCAGUUAACCCUCUCCCAACAUUCGUUUACCCAAACCCAAUCGAGGAGCUGAAAUCAAGAGACAACCACCUUGCAAUAAUGCAUUUCUCCUCUAGACAAGCAGUUUUUGUCUCGAUACUGGAAUAUGUUCUUGUCAUGGGGGCUAUCGCGAACGUGUACACAACCGCUUUCUACAUGGGAUCCUGGACCAUUAAUACAAUUAGCUGUGACGAUGUUUGGUAUCCGGCACUUUGGGCUGUGACUACACUUUUCAUUCACAUCUUCGGCUCGUGGUGCCUCGCACUGCGAGUCAAUACGCCCCGGAAGAAUGAAGGUAGCCGAAAAUCCGCAGAGAACGGCCUUGGUCGGUGGAUCAGACAUGAAUUAUCACCUUGUAUCACGCACGAUAAACUGGAGUUGAUUUGGAAGCCGGAGAGCUAUUUGUUUGUCGCGAUAUCUUGGUGGACGUCUUUGCUUACAGUGGUGCAUCUCCUGUACGGAACGAUUGCAUUCAGUUCCAUUCAAUUUAUAGGAUAUGUCGAUAGCAUUCAGAUCAUUGCCAGGUUCAUGGGAUCCGCUGUGGUUUGCCGCGCAAUUUUGAUGCUUGAGCUUGCUGGCAUGCGAAACGCCCUAAAAAGUGAGAGUUCACGCGAGGAGUACUCUCUAGUGCAAGCGGCGACCGCUACGUUAUCUUCCGGUCAAAAUUCUCAACGUUUUGUAUGA